AUGAAAAUCGAACAGCUUGAAUGUCUGGCCGUAUCCAGUGGCAACCGCACACUUCGUGCAGGUAAAAAGGAUCAGCCGGUAACUUCAUCGUCGGCUUUCAUGGAUCAUCGAACACAAAGCACAAAACAACCGGAUUCACGUGGAACUACCAGUCUCUCGCUGGAUUAUCCUAACGGAGCCUCUCAGAUCCCACUAUUCUCGUACUUCACCGGAGAGGAUGGACCUCCAUGUACUACCACCACGAGUAGUAGCAGUUGUGGACCCGGUCUCGGAAUGACCCCAUUAGAGCGAUUUACAACGAAAUUAGGCUCGUCUUCUUUGACCACAUCUACAGGUACAACUGCAGCCAGCAUCAGCCUGCCAUCGGCAACCGGACCGCCCAGUGCGGGCAUGGGAACAAGCGCGAGCGGACUGCCAGUGUCGUCUAGCUAUGCGGAUCGACUUCGGCCUAUCGGUCCGAACACGUCAGAACGGGGUUCAGCGUAUCCCUUCAGUGAAGUCGGUUGUAACGAACUGACCACGAAUUCUCUUACCGUCUCGAACAUCACUCGGCUUUCCGCCGAGACGCAUUAG